AUGUGGGCGGGGUCAAAUGCCACUGAGUUCGUCCCGAGUAAUGGGGUGCUAAAGCCGCGUGGGUGCGACUAUAUCUGGAUUGGUUCGCCUCCUAGAUUCCUGCUAAUGUUCCUCGACGUCCCUUCCCUGCUCCUCCUCGUUUCCGCUGGCGCUCUCGCGGUAGUAUUUCGCCGACGGCAGCGAGGCUUGCUUCCUUUGCCUCCAGGGCCACGCAAACUGUUUCUGCUCGGCAAUCUCCUCCAUAUGCCGUCCAGCUUCGAAUGGGAAACAUUUGGGCGGUUCAGUCAGGAAUCCAACUCCGAUAUCAUCCACCUCGACGUCGCUGGGAUGUCUGUCGUCGUCCUCUCUUCCCUCGAGGCCAACAUUGAUCUUCUGGAGAAACGAUCGACCAUAUACUCCGACAGACCGCGCGCGCCAAUGUUGAAUGAACUGAUGGGAUGGGAUUUUAAUUUUGCAUUUAUGAAGUAUGACUUCAACAGCGACGGCGUCACCAAAUAUCGUUCACACCAGCGCGCUGCGUGUCAUGGGCUCCUGCGCCGUCUUCUCGACGAUCCAGGUCAGCCUCUGGAGCACAUCCGACAUAUGGCAAGAGAAAUCAUCCUAUCGACGGUCUAUGGGAUCCAAGUACUUCCCAAGGACGAUCCAUAUGUGGAGACAGCAGAAGCUGCUCUUAACAGUCUAGUCCAUGGGCAUUCGCCCAUCCGCUUCCUUGUUAACAUGUUCCCAACUCUGCUUCAUGUACCAUACUGGAUGCCCGGAGCAAGUUUCAAGCGGAUUGCCAGGGAAUGGCGAAAGCUAUCCACCAAGUUCGUCAAUCUACCGUUCGACGAGACAAGGAGGCAAAUGGUGUGUCGUCCUGUUAUCGUCUUAGCGCUGGCUGGUGAACAUUUAACCAUCACCAAGCUUAACGGCGAUGCCCGGCCUUCAUUUACAGCCUCCCAUUUAAUUUCCGCCCCCGCAUCAGAGCACGAAACCAUCAAGAACGCUGCGGCGACCGCGUUCAGUGCGGGUACCCACACCACCGUGGCGCUUGUCGGCAAGUUCCUGAUGGCGAUGCUGUCUAACCCGGACGCGCAGCGCAAGGCCCAGGCGGAGAUUGACGCUGUUUGCGGCGGGCGGCUGCCGACCUUCGAGCUGUUGGAGGAUGCGGAGAGCACGAUCAUGAUGCCGUAUGUUUCUGCGGUUAUGCGGGAGCUGUUCCGCUGGGAGCCGACUGUGCCAUUAGUCCAGCAUUUCAUCGAGGUCGAGGACGAGUAUCGGGGGUUGCGAAUCCCUGCACAAUCCGUCGUUAUAGGAAACAUCUGGUGGGUGUCGGUCCUCUUUAGCCCUUCCAUUCUUAUGGUCUCGAAGGGCAAUUCUUCAAGACGAGGCAUCUUUCCCGUGUUCCACCUAUGCCUGCUCACUCUUCCGCAGGAAAAAUACCCAAACCCGACUUCGUUCCGUCCCGAGCGCUGGCUCCUCCCCUCCGGCGCGCUCAACCCGGACAUGCACAGCGGCAGCUGGGAAUUUGGCUUCGGGUUCGGACGCCGCGUUUGUGCAGGCCAGCGUCUCGGUCUCGCCUCGCUGUGGAUCAGCAUCACGUCGAUACUCGCCUCCUUAGAUGUCCAGAGGGCCGUCGACGAGAAUGGUGUUGUCAUCGAGCCCGAAUUCGAGUUUAUUUCAGGUCUUAUCCGGCAACCGGUCCCAUUUGCGUGCUCGAUAAAGCCGCGCUCUGCAGAGGCGGAGAUGGCCAUUCGGGAGACAGAAUUUACAUAA